AUGUUGAGAUCGACGCUAUUUUAUGGUGCUGUUGUGGCUUUGGGGAUAGGAAUUGGAUUUAAGGUGUAUCUCCUACGCCCAUCUCCAUUACCUCCAAUGGACUUUGACCGGUGGUGGGGCGAUGGCCCACAACCCGAGGAUGAAGACGCAUCUAUACGACCCUUUGUUAUUGUAUUUAACGAAUCGAUGGUAGAAGAUUUGAAGAGUCGUCUGAGAAACAGACGUCCCUUCACACCACCCCUGUACGGAGCCCAAUCCCAAUACGGUAUGAAUACCAAAUACUUGGAUGAACUACUUACAUAUUGGUCCGAUAAAUACAAUUUUACGGAGAGAGCUGAAAGACUGAAUAAAUUUUCACAUUACAAAACAACAAUUCAGGGUCUUGACAUUCAUUAUAUUCAUGUGAAACCAGAGGGCAAAGGUAAGAAAGUACUGCCUUUGUUGAUGCUGCAUGGUUGGCCCAGUUCUUCAAAGGAAUUCGAUAAGGUUAUACCGAUGUUAACAACACCUAAAGAUGGAUACGAGUUUAUAUUCGAAGUUAUUGCCGCCGAUCUUCCUGGAUUUGGCUUUUCGCAGGGAACUCGCAAGCCCGGCCUAAGUCCUCUGCAAGUUGGCACAAUUAUGAGUAAUCUGAUGCGUCGUUUAGGACACAACAUGUAUUACAUUCAAGCUGGAGAUUGGGGUUCUCAGGUGGCGACCCAUAUGACGACCUUCAUACCUCAUGAAAUUUUAGGAUUUCACACAAAUAUGCCAGUUUCUUCAAGACCAAUCAGUAAUGUAAAAUAUAUCAUUGGAUCUUUAUUCCCAAACCUCAUAAUGGAUGAAAAGUACAUUAAUCGAAUAUAUCCCAUAAGGAAACUGUUUGAUUAUGUCCUGCGAGAAAGUGGUUACUUUCACUUACAAGCUACAAAACCAGACACAAUUGGAGUAGCACUGUCCGAUUCUCCAGCGGGACUAGCAGCAUAUACAUUAGAGAAAAUAGGAGUUUGCAGCAACAGGCAUCAGUUGAACACACCCCACGGGGGGAUUGAAAACAUUGACAGGGAUGAUUUGUUGGACACCGUCACCAUCGUGUGGGCAAACGAGUGUAUCGUCACCUCUAUGAGGAUAUACGCCGAGGCAUUCGCUCAUGCAGAUGUAUUUAUGAUGCAUAACAUUCCGACUGUCGUGCCAACAGCUGCUAUAAAUUUCAAGCACGAAGUGGUGUAUCAACCUGACUGGAUAUUACGGGACAAGUUUCUUAAUCUUGUACGAUCCACUACCCACGAUUUCGGGGGUCAUUUUGCCGCCAUGCAAACGCCGAAGGCAUUGGCCGACGACGUCUUCGAAUCAGUGAAGGAAAUCAUUAGCUUCAGACUUAAUUAUUAA